AUUAUUGGGAUUUCCCUUAGCAACCUGAAUCUACAGAAAAUAAUUAAAAUAUUGCAGAGUUAAUUCCGUGGUUUAAAAAGUUGUGAAAUAUACUCAAAAUUAUUUUUAAACACUGAACACAAUUUUGUGGAAUAUAUCUUUUAACCAACAAUGCCUCCAAAGAAAAAGAAGGAAGGAAAGAAAGGUAAGAAGAAGAGCGCUAAACAAGAUCUGCCUUUAAAACCUAAAGAAGAUGAAAUUUCUCCUUCGACGAAAGAAUUUUAUUUGGUACAAAUAAAAGAUUUGGAAGAAAGAGUCCUAAAGUAUCAAAGAAGAUGCGACGAGUUAGAAGUAAAACAAACUCGUUACGACAGUCAGUACGAUCAAAUGUCAACAGAAAAAAAAGAAAUUGUUUCUUACCUCAAGAAGCUAUUGGAAGAAAAGGGAGUUGAAGUCGACGAUUUAACAGAUAGAAUAAUUGGUUUGCAACAGGCUAAAGAUGCAGAAAAGGAUAAUUUUGAGAAACAACUAACAGAUCUGAGAUCCGAAUUUAAAGAGACACAGGAUCAUUUAACAUCUGAAAAUUUAAUCCUUGCAGGUAAACUAGCUUCUUUAGAAGAGUUUAAAGUUCAAAGAGAAGAUCUAAUGACCAAAUUGACCAACUUGGAAAAAGAACUAAUCCAAAAGGAUGAAGAUCAAAAAGAGGAAAUCUAUAGAUUAGAAAGGAAACAAGUUGUUGACAAAGAUAGACUGAAAAAAGAAAUGGUUCUUAGGGUGAAUCAAGUAGCAGCCGAAUUCCGGAAGGUCUCCAAUAAACAAAUGGCCGAAACAACAAAAAGAACUAUCAGAGAGAAUGUAUCAAUUAAUGCUCAACUAUGUAAAAUGUCGGAUAAGACAACGGAACUUUUGCAAGAAAACGAAGAAUUAAAAAGAAAAGAAAAGGAGUUACAAAUUGAAAUAGAAACUCUAAAAACGGAACUAAAAGAGCAUUGUAAAAAACACAUGUCCAGCCAAAAGAUUGUUAGAAUGCUAAGAGACAAAGGCAAAGAGCAGGAAGAUUUAAUUGCGCAGUACGAUUUAAAGAUGCAACAAUUCGAAGAAUUAGAGCAGGAUGCUGAAAUACUCAAAGUUAAAAACAUUGCCUACAGAGAUGAACUUGAAGAGAAGAGGGGGGAAUUGGAGAAUAAGGAAAAAAUACGACAACACUUACUGUCCCAGCUUGCUGAAGAAAAGAGAGCUCAGGGAAAAUUAGUUAGAAUUCUUACAGAUGCCUCUGACGCUUUAAGAAUAUUGCUAAGCAAAAGGACAUCGGAAGACGCCGAAGAAUCCGAAUAUGAAAAAAUGGAGAAACGCGACAAUGUAUUAGAGCAUUUAUUGAUAAUAUUAAAUUCAGCCGCCGCCUUAGGAGUAGGUCCCCAUCCUUCAGACUUUAGAAGAGAAGAGGCAAUGGAAAAGUUAUUCGCUAAGCGUCGAGCAGUCAGCCCUAGCUCUAUUCCCGGAUCUGGAAAAGGUUUAAAGAGAAGUGACGUCGUCACGUCACCACUAGCCAAGGUCAUGGGAGCUGGUGUUCCUCACUAUCAAUUAGGAGAUUUGGGCUUAAUACCUAGACCAGAAGAAAAAUUAACAACCAAUUUGGAAAAAAUGAGAGAGCUUUCAGCAACUACACGAAAAUUGGGUCAGUUGAAGAAAUUAAAUACAAGGAGUAUUGGUGUUCAAACUAUUUCCUUGCCUAAGGCAAUGUUCUUCGCCGAAGACCUCCUAACGAAGAUACCUGAGGGUCACGGUGGAAAAGUAGGAACUCUGCCUCCGGCAACAAAACACCGACAUAUGCCAACGACAGCAUUCUAA